AUGGUAGGUUGUGGAAAUCUGUUUAAAACAAUCAGCCAGUCCUUGAAACGAAGAUCCACUGGUAUGUCAACAACGUCCUCCAACACACUCAUUGCUACGUCUUUUGUUGCUUCACCCGAAAAGCACACAUCCAUGGAGUAUUCAACUAAUACCACCAACAAGCAUCACCAUCUUGACCAUAAAAGCCAGGCACUGGAUUUCAUCGAUUUUGUCAACGCAUCACCAUCGCCCUUUCAUGUUGUCUACGAAGCUUCUCAUCGCUUGGAAAGAGCAGGAUUUGAGCGUAUCAGUGAGAAGGAUGAAUGGAAUCUCAAAAGAAAGGGAAAAUACUACUUUACUCGCAACGGGUCAUCCAUUGUGGCAUUUGUCAUUGGCGAUAGCUAUCAGCACGGAAAGGGCGGGUUCUCUAUUGUAGGUGCUCACACAGAUUCUCCCUGCUUAAAAGUGAAGCCUGUCUCCAAGAAGGAACAAGUGGGCUAUCUCGAAGUUGGAAUUCAGCUGUACGGCGGUGGCAUAUGGCAUACUUGGUUUGAUCGUGACCUCGGCAUUGCUGGCCGUGUGAUGGUACAACAAGAAGACGGAUCAUACAAACAUACGCUUGUUCACAUUAAAAAGCCUAUUUUGCGUGUACCCACACUAGCUAUUCAUCUUGAUGGAUCUGCAAAUGAAGCAUUCAAGUUCAACAAGGAAACACACAUGUUGCCUGUAUUGGCUACUGCUGCUAAAGCGACAUUAAAUGCUGUCAAAGAAGAGAAAUCAUGGGGUCCGGAUCAAACCAAAAACCAUCAUCCCGCCUUGAUCCACAUGCUGGCAGAGACGAUGAAAGUGGAUGCUCGACAAAUCUGCGAUUUUGAAUUGUGCUUGUUUGAUACACAGCCUGCUACACUGGGUGGCGCCUAUGAUGAAUUCAUCUUUUCAGCUCGAUUGGAUAAUCUGGGCAUGUCUUACUGCUCACUUGAAGCAUUGAUUGCAUCCAGCAAGGAAGAUCUCUCUGAUGAAACCAACAUUCGUCUCAUUUCAUUGUUUGACAACGAGGAAAUUGGCAGCACAUCCGCUCACGGCGCCAACUCUAACCUUUUGCCUAGCACCAUGGAGAGAAUCCUGUCUUCGUCUAUUGGCAGUAAAUCACCACCAAAGAACCCCAAGGUUGCAUUUGAACAAGCGAUACAUAAGAGUAUGCUGGUCAGUGCGGAUAUGGCUCAUGCUGUGCACCCCAACUACACUGAAAAGUACGAGGAGAAUCAUCGACCUCAGAUGCAUCAAGGUACUGUUAUUAAGAUCAAUGCCAAUCAGCGCUAUGCUACCACAGCCCCUACUAGCUUGAUUUUGAAGGAAAUUGCCCGCCAAAAGGAGAUUCCUAUUCAGGAAUUUGUUGUGCGCAAUGAUUCAUCUUGCGGAUCUACGAUUGGGCCCAUGUUGAGUGCUAAACUUGGUCUUCGCACCAUUGAUGUUGGUAACCCUCAAUUGUCCAUGCAUUCUAUUCGAGAAAUUGGAGGCGUCGAUGAUGUCAAGAAUGGCACUGAUUUGCUAAAGGCCUUCUUUCAACUGUUCCCCUAUGUAGAUUCACGCGUAACUGUUGAUUAA